UGAUUUUUCAGUUUUAAGUUCUAGGAAAUGUCAGAAAAAAUCCGAUUUAUGUAGUAUCAUAACUUUUUUUUGUGUGUGUAUAUUUAGACACCAAUAGGUCUGCCUCUUUUAUUUUUAAAAAUCACAAACAGUGAUGGAGCUGUGAAGAGCACAGGAACAUCUUACAGCAAAUGUAAAAACAAACUUUAUACAUUUAAGUUUUAAACACUUGGGUCAGCCUAAAUGUUGCUAAUUGAAGUAAAACGACAGCCAAACAGAAAUUAAGGUGUUGUUGAUCGCUGAGUGUCUUUCUGCCGAACACUAUUAACACCAAUUGUAGAAUGAAUAUGUUUUACAGCAUACAGUGAGACUAAAUUUCCUGUGCGACAGAUAAAGCCCCAUGUCACAGAUAAGAUUGAUAACACAUGCACUGACUGUGCGCUGAACAGCAGACAUUAAUAUAAUGUAUAUUUGGUGUGUUUGUGUUUCUUACAGCACAGUUUGCAGCUCAGAGAGCCUCUUUUAAAGACUGUGAUUUUGAUUCCUGGUGUUUUUGCUGUAUUAGGACUUCACUCUUUGACAAUGCAUCUUCCACUACUGACUCUUUGCCUUCUUGGCACAGGUAAGAAUAAUAUUUAUCUUGACAAAACAAAGUCUAUAAUAAAAGGGAUAACUGAUUAUUGAGGUUAAUUGUACUUGGUUACUAUGCAGUGAAUGGUUUCACGAUUAUUAUAUUAAUUGCAGUUUAGAUUAAUAACUACAAGCAACUAAAGAGACUGACAUUAUUAGUCAGUUUUACUUUAUAACACCUGGCUACUUGGAGGCAUAUUUGAUUUUUUUUCCCCCUAAUUACAAUUAUAUAAAUGCCAUUAAAGCUAACAAGACCAUCAACAAGUUUGGCAAUCUUUACCUUGUUGUACUGGAUGCCUAAAGCCACUGUGACAGGGGAUAGGUGUCAGCGCAAGUGCAUAUAUAACCUUUCAAAGAAAUAUUUACAGCAUACGUUCACAGUGGGUGGUGUGUUUCACUAUUAUAGCAACUUCCCAUGUGUAAAGGACAAGCUCAAAAAAGCAGGAGAGGUGGUUCCAGAAAGCUCCACACAGGAACUUUAAUUUAUCUUAGUCAAAUGUGCUUUUGUCUUUGUGUCACAGCCUGAAAUCUAGAAGUUGAUCUUUUUAAAGCUAAUCGAUGCUAAUUAAUCUAGAAAGUAUACAGUAUAAUAUAAAGCAUCUUAACAAAGUCUGCCUUCAUGUCAUGGUUCAUCCCAAAUCUCUACCAAUGUUCAAACAUCAGUGAGAUUAUACAACCAAAAAAAGGACGUUUCAGGGAUCAUGAGCAGAGUUGAUGUGAAAUCUUAAAAUGAAACAGUCCACGAUCACACGAGAGGGAUAAAAGUUACAACUUAAUUCAAUUACUGCAAUAAAAUACUGUAAAAGCCACUGUGACUUCUUAUUUUGAGGAAGUGUGCCAGUGAGAACAGCUUUAUCUUAAUUUCAGUGACAAUUUUAUGACAAGGAAGUUUUUUUUUUUAAGUAUUGGUUCGGAGUCACAGUAAACAUUCAGGUGACCUAGAAAAGGUUUUGUUUGUCAAAUGUCAUCUCAUUUUCUGUGUCAGCCCUAUUUUAUUCUAAAUAAUGUUGAUGCAUAUUUUUAUCAUGAUAAAUGAUAAUAGGUGGAGGUUUAAAGAUAAAGGUCAUAAAGUCUGAAACUGUUUGCUAUGUAGGUUGGUUGCAAUCAGUGUUGGCAAAUGAAAUAGGGUUUAUUGGUUCAAAGAUCAUCAGGCUUAUUAUCUUUGAUACUACCCUUAUUUAUAAUACAAUAUAUAAAAAACAGAAUAUGUCUUUGAAACAUAAACAAGAAGACCCUAUCUAGAAAGAUAAACCAAGGCUUCAGUUUUCAGUCAUCUAAGGAAGAAAAAAACAACUUUCUAAUAAAAGACACAGUGAUGUGCUCAAUGUCUUUGAUAGUCCAGACCAGAGAGGAAUCACACUGCAGCAUUUCCAGAGAUGAAUAUUAGAUUCUUGACACAUUCAUUACCUUUUUUCCCCCAAACAAACUGACCUUCAUCUUUCACUGUCCUCUCAGACCUUGAGCGACAGAUACCUACUUCCUGCUCUCUAUGCUAAAUUUUAUUUAUUUAUUUAUUGUAUCGUCUGCAUUAAAAUUAUUUGUAUCACUGUAACAUAAAUAAUAUUUUAAAUAGAUUGGGACCCAAAAUGGACGUAAAUGUAUAUAUAAAAAAAAAAAAAACUAGAAUGCAAACCUUGAACUUCAAUCUGUUUUUAAGAAAAAUCUUUCAUCUGAUUUGAGAGACUGAUAAUCUACGACCUUGUCCAGGACCAUAGCUGACACUCCAGUAUCUAUUCAAAAAAAGUGUCGAUUAGGAUUAAUUGGAUGCCAUUUUAUUGAAGUAACAACAACCAUUUUGACAUUUUUAUAUCAAGUUUACCUGCUACAACAGUAAAAACGUUGGUGUGGUUUUUCAAAAUAAAAGCUGAAAUUAAAUUUGGUUGUGUGCUUUUUAAUCUGCACAGCUCAAGAUAUUUCAAAAACUGGACUUUUUAAAAGUAAACCAAACAAUAGAAAGAUCUCUCUCAAAAAAUAUUAAACUCAGUUCCUGUCAAAGUUUGUUGUGCAUCAUGUCAUCUGAGGGAUUUAAAUCUCCUGUGAGGAACUUUUCUGCCAGUUUUGGCACCCCCUGUGGACAAAGAAGUUGUUCUCCAUGCUCAAGUUGUGUUUUCUGAUGAAAAAAUAUCUGUCUCAUCUUGCUGACUAUUGAUAGUUAAAUGUGUCAUUUUUAAAAAAACAUAUAUUUUUUUUAUGGAUAUUGUUAAAACAGAGUUUUUCCAGCAGCUUGGCUGACACAGACCCCCUUUGUACCAGUUUCAGGCAUUGGAAAGUAGGAUAUAUAAAAGGGCCAGUCCUGUCCCUGAUGGUCUUGUUUGCCUUUUGAUAUCAUAAAAAGGCAUCAGUGUAAAUUUCAGUUGAUUUCAUACGCAUCGAAAAACUCCUUACUAAAGCUUUAAACUUGUUAUACUAAAAGCUGAAUUAUGUUGUCAUUGCUCAUUGCUUGUAUGUUUUCUUUUUGCCUCCACAAAGCGGUUCUGUGUGGUGCACAGUCAUCAUCAGCCCCUGCUCCAACCACUGGUCCAUCAUCUCAGCCAGCUACCACCUCAAAUUCCACAGUCGCACAAACAUCGUCCACACCUGUAGCUACAUCUAAUCCCACAGAACCCGAUGUCAACAUGACAAGCCCAUCAACAGACUUACCAUCAAAUGGCACAUCUGUGGACCCCCCAACAACCCCAACUAACGUCACAACCGUCAUGACUUCAGUAACUUCAACCACUUCAAACAGCACUACAGUAGUACCUCCUGUCGGUGCCACUGGAUUUACACCAGGGGAGAUAGCUGGUAUUACCAUCGGCUCUAUAGCCGGGGCGGCUGCUGUCGGUAAGUCUUUUUUCAAUUACAUUUUAUCCUGUGAUUCAUUAACAAGGAUGAUCAAUAAAGAUUAGGCAUUACAGUUAAGAAUGGUUAUCAUUUGGUGUCCCUUCCUUAUCAAUCCCACCAUUUUUUAAAUCUAUUUUUUGAAAGAAAACAAAGAAGUCUUUAUGACAGCCUCACUAAAAAUAAAAAAGCGAUGAACAGGAACAUGUGCGGUUAUAUAUUAAUAGAAGCACCAUAAAAUACAUAAAUCAUAAAUACCCAAUCUCUUCACGUAGCAACACUACAUUUUCAUUAGUGCCAGGAUUGUAAAGGAUACUGAGUCUGUGGUGAAGACCAAUGGUGUGCUUCUGCAGCCAUGGUUUGCCCUCAGCUGUUGUUUAUAACUUCAUAAGAUGAUCCACGUACAUGCAGAGGUUGGCUCCUGUCCUGCUGCCAGAGCCUACGUAUUGUUGUUGCCACUAUAGGUUAUUUAAUUAAAGUAAAUGUACGACUUUAGUCUCGAAAAUUUAUGGCUUUGAAAAUUCACAACUUUAUUCCAGAAAUAUCUGCCCAUUCUUAUUUCUUGAUGUGGGCCUAAUUGGCUAUUAAGUAAUCCCUAGCAACAGUCUCUUCCAUAGCAACAGUGUGCUACAAAGAAAGAACAGACUGUUUCUAUGAUGUAUUGGCCAAUCAGAAUCAAGUAUUUAAGAGCGCUGUGUUAUAAUGUCAGAUAAUAAAUUAGAGAGAGAAGUGAAACAUAUGAGACAGUUUGUAAAAGAACAAAGGAGGGCUGUAAAUGGAUGUUUUUUGAAUAUGGAAAAGAGGCGUGGCUGGAGAAACUGAAAACUUGUGGAUGGGGUAAAGGGGACUAAAGUUCUCAUGGAGGCAUUACAAGGCUGAACUGGAACAGUUUCAAAGUUCUGUUUAGGAUGCUGAACACUAAAAAGUGUAUUUCUUUUUCAGGUGGUGGCAUCUUUGGUGUGCUGAAGUUAACUGGAAAGGUGUGAGAUGAGUUUCUGCCAAACCAACGUAGCUGUAAAACUGAUGUAAUCUUCAAGUCAAUCUACCAUAAUCUGGACUGGACUCUAUGAAAUACUCUGUUGGGCUCAAAUCAGGAUAAAAGCAAGACAAAUGAUGACAAAAAAACAACAACAUUAAGUUGAUGACUUUUUUGCUCUGAUUGUCUGGUUGUAAUUGAGG